UGGCGUUGGACACCGUACCUUUACUAUAAAUGGCAGGAUUUGACGAAAAUCUCCAGAGAAUAAGAUUGUACAGCCACUCAUCUAUGUGUUCUUAUUACCUUCCGGUGCAUUACGAAAGACGAAUACACUCAAAAAACACCCGGACAGGACGAACGGCAAUGGACUGCCCAUCAUCGUGCGACGACAACACCAACAACAACAACAUCAGUAGUGGUAGACGCGAUGAUCAACCCAGAUGCCCGGACAGGUGCCCGCGGUCGUGUCCAGAGUCGGAAGAGCCGCGGAAGAACCCUUGCGAACAAGAGGAGGAAAACAAAUGUUUGACCGCGAUCGAGAAGCGUAAGGUGUGCAACGUGCGCGCGAACCUGGCGGAGCAGCUGAACUGCAACGACGGUGGCCGGGGCGUGAGGUUGGGUCGCGAAUCCGAAGAGUAUAGGGCGUGCAGCUGCCCGGACCCGGUUGACCGAAUCGUCGAGGAAGGUCUGGCGGCCCAAUGCGGGGAGGUGUCUUCGUCUUUCGAGUCGGGAGCGUGUGGCGGCGGCGGCGGCGGCUACGAGCCGGACUACUACGAUGACCACGCGGACAUGCGGAACUGGCAGGAGCACCGUGGGAACAGGGAAACGUCGCGGCGGACCAGGCGCCACAACGCGCGACCGGAUUGUACGCGGCCGCCACCGUUCACGAAUAUGCGUUUACAGAUGACGCGGGAACAGGAGUUUACUUUGCACGAGGAAUUGUGCGCCGAGCUGGCCAUGGUGGAACGUCAUCGGGAGGUGCUGAAACAGUGCAUAGAGCGUCAGCAGCAGGAUAUGGAUCGACCGCCGCCGCCAGAGCAGCAGCAACAGCAGCUCCGGAGCAGGAUAAGCGCGCAGAAACAGGGAGUGCAGGAGCUCCGGCAACAGUUGGAAGCGCGACGACAACGCGAGCAACAGGAUGUCGCCGACGGAGCCGGCCGUUGCUGUAAGACCCCCGCAGCCAACCCGCAGCGGCGCAGGGUGUCGUACCAACCGCCGUCACCCUGCGAUAGCAGCGUCUCCUCCGCGGACAACAGUAAUUGCGGUCAGCAGCAGCAGCAACCGCGUCCCUGCGCUCCGGCCACCCCCGUAAGCUGUCCGAGACGUCGCGUGCCGUAUCAACCGCCGUCGCCCUGCGACAGCAGCGCGUCCUCGGCGAACGACAGUAACUGCGGCCAGCAACAGCAGCAACCGCGUCCUUGCGCUCCGGCCACCCCCGUAAGCUGUCCGAGACGUCGCGUGCCCAGCGCGUCCUCGGCGAACAACAGUAACUACGGCCAGCAGCAGCAGCAGCAGCAGCAGCAGCAGCAGCCGAAUCCUUGCACUCCGGCCAACACCAGCUGUCCGAGACGUCGCGUGCCAUAUCAACCGCCGUCACCCUGCGACAACAGUGCGUCCUCGGCGAACGACAGUAACUGCGGCCAGCAGCAGCAGCAGCCGAGUCCUUGCGCUCCGGCCUCCACUAGCUGUUCAAGACGUCCCGCACCGUUACAGCCGCCGUCGUCGUCCUGCGAUAGCAGUACGUGCAGCAACGGCAGCAGCAGCAUCGCGAACUGUUCCCGGAUCCCUUCGCGCCGAUCCAGCUGCGACCGCGGUCCGUGCGGCACGUCGACCCCGAGGGUCGCCAGAAGGGCCACAAGCCGUUCAGACGCGCCGUUGAACAUAAGCCGCAUCAGCCAGAGGUCCACGACCGAAGAUCGAAGCGAACAGCGGGUCACCCCUGGUGCGUCUAACGGGACCCCGCACUGCGAGAAAAAUGCGUGCGGUUGCGGCGAAAACAAGCGGCAACAAAACGGCCAAGGAUAA